AUGGCGAUGGCAUCGACGACUAGCCUCCGGGGUGGCCAGUAUGUCCGGUACUUGGUCUUCCUCAGCGCGUGCCUUCAACUUUUGCCAGCGGUGUGGACCGUGUCACGCUCCUCGUCCGUUACGCUCGAAUCGCGCAUGAGAGAUGAUCCAGAUUUGUCAGAGUUCUACUCACUGAUUGAGCGAGAUGAAAUAGCCAUGUCGAAGCUGGUCCACCAUUCGCUGACAAUAUUUGCCCCGACGAAUCAAGCCUUCCAGCGUUACCUCAACAACAAGACGCACCUGAACUAUCACAUGUCGUCCACGCCGCUACGGUUAUCGCAGCUCGCCGAUACGGUGCGUUCGUUGAAUGACGACGGUACGCCGCUGUACAUCACCCGAACGCGCCCGCUGAGCGGCAUGCAGGAGGAUCUGUACGUGAACAGUGCGAAGAUUAUACGGGAGCGCUCCAACAUGGAGUUUACCAACACCCGCGGCUACAAACAGAUACUCCACAUUAUAGACGACGUCCUGACGCCUAUAACGACGGUUUUCAACAAAACGUUGGAUACACCCAACCCGGAUGCCUGGGGAUUCCUGCAGAGCGUGGAGGCGAUCAACAUUGAGCCACACCGGGUAAGAUCGUUCCGGAAGAAGAUACUCAACCUCAAACGGGACCAAGCGUUCAAGAAACCGGGCAUCUCUACCUUCUUCAUACCGGUGGAGACUGGCUUCAAGGUACCUCCGCACCCAACCUUGAGCAUGGUGGAUAAGCGCGUGAUUGAUGGGCAUAUUAUACCGAACAAAGCCAUUUUCACCACCCCCGCACCGUACGGUCAAGCGUUGGAGACACUCCAGUUUGAGGAUGAUCUGCGGGUGACGAUUACCUUCUUCCGGCACGACACCGGAAAGAAUGCGCGAGUGUUUGUGGUAUCCAACACGAUGUACUCCAACUCUCGGCUCACACCCGGUGCGGUAAUAGCGGAAAUCGUUAAAGCAAACAUCCCGGUUGCGAAUGGUGUAGUGCAUCUGAUACACCGACCACUGGUCAUUGUCGACAUGCACGGUGUGCAGAUGCUUACGCAGGAUAACAGCCACACACUAUGGUCCAAAUUUCGAGACCUCAUUGAGGACUUUGCGCCAGAUUUCCUGAACAUCUUGCGGGGUAUGAACCAGAUGACGAUCUUCGUACCGCAGGAUGACGCUGUCUCUCAGAUGAUGCAAACAAACUUCAUGAGUAACCGCAAGAAGCUGCUUGAGGUGCUAAUGAUGCACGUUGUGCCGGAUGCCAUUACGAUCGAUAAAAUCAAGCGUAACAACCAGAAUCAUAUUUACCAAAUUCCAACAAUGACAAGUCGGCGCUUUAUAUACUUUAAUCUGAACGAAAACCGCACCACACAUGCCAAAAGCGUCACCGUCGAAGGUGGAGGUGUGAAUGCGUCCCUGGUGCUGGGCGACAUUGCCACGAAGGAUGGCUACAUCCACAUCAUCGACCGGAUGCUCGGCGUCUCGUACAUGACCGUGCAGGAAAAGCUUGAAACGGAUCCAAUGCUGAACCUUACGUAUCACUUUGGAAAGUUGAACCACUUUAACGACCAGCUAAACAUGACCAACAAGCGAUUUACUUACUUCGUACCGAGGGACAAGGCCUGGAUCCAGUGGUUUAUUGAACAUCCGGCUGCAAAUCUCGACGACUUUGUGCGGAACCGUGAUCAGUCACGUUUGGUGUUGGAGCAUCACCUUAUCGUUGCCGAUCGAGUGUUCAGUAUGGGUGAGCUGAGAAAUAUGUCUCAUGACUCACUCAUUCUACCGACGGUCGGCCCGGAAAGUUUGCAAAUACGCGUCAAAGAGGAAGACAACCGGUUCUUCAUACAGUGGAAGGAAACGGGCCGUUGGACCACUGUGUUUCGUGCCGAUGUGGAGUGUACUAACGGGCUGAUCCACGUCAUCGAUGCGCCGUUCGUGCACGAGUACGACAUGAUCACUAGCGGCGGCAGCCCGGUUCUGCUUUGCAGCACAGCACUAACGUUGGUGGUGACAGUAUUAGCGAUGCUAGUAGCAACGGUUGGAACGUUCUGA